UUGACAUUUGCGUCCAAAGGCAGGCGUAUAGGGUGCAAGAUCAAAACAAAAACACGAAAAAUACCUCCGCGCGUGUUGCGAUUUGAAAUAAUAUGGACCCGCUUCGGGAAAUCGUUCCAUUUUUGAGGAAAUCCGCUAGACUCGACCUAAAAGCAGUUUCGUUAUCGCACGUGCUGAGCCUUACAGGUUCGAGGGUUGGAAUCAGUCUCAUUAUUCAAUGUAGCGAGUUAUUGGGCAAUGUUGUAGAUUUAACGGAAGAUAGUUCGGAAGCGUUACAAAAGGAUGCUGUUCUAGCCUUGGUCAACAUAUCCGCUGAAGAAACUGGAGCCGAAGUACUGGUGAACCAGUUUGUUGAGCGCAUUGUCCCUGUAGCUUAUGCAGCGAUUUCGGACGAGAACUCGAAAUUAGCGGAUCCAUGGUGUAUGGUGCUAUGUAAUCUAACUAGACCAGAGCAUCUCGUAGAAGCGGUAUUAGAUCAUCUACUAACGAUCGAGUAUGCAAUUGAGAAAUUGACUACAUGCUUUACACGAAUAAACUACAACAAGCAGAAAGGGCACCUGAAUUACUUAGGACCACUGUUCAGCAAUUUAUCGCAAAACACACGAGGACGUGAAAUAUUCUGCAAUCAAACCACCGACCUAUUGUCGCGAAUCCUUCCAUUUGUCCAUCAUGAAGGAAGCGUUGUCCGGCGAGGAGGCGCCAUUGGCUUGCUGAAGAACAUUUGUUUUGAUUCGACGGUUCACGAUUGGCUGCUCAGUGGUGGGGUGGAUGUGCUGCCAUUUAUUCUACUACCCCUGGUCGGACCGGAAGAGUUUGAUGAAGAAACAAAUGAAAAGGUGCCUAUAGAGCUGCAAUACUUAGGACCGGAGAAACGGCGGGAAGAUGAUCCGGAUAUCAGAAAAAUGCUGGUGGAAUCACUGGGACAGCUGUGUGCUACCAGAAAAGGUCGCGAAUAUCUUAGAGGACGGGGGACGUACGAGGUUUUAAGGGAGCUGCAUAAAUUUGAGUGUAGUUCGGAGGGGGAUCCGCGGGUGCUGGUGGCAUGCGAAAGUGUUGUGGAUAUUAUUAUCAGGACUGAAGACGAGAUUGGCGAAGAUAAUUUGAAAAUGCUGGACAUUCCGGAAGACGUGCUGGCAAAAUUGGAUAACUUGUAGAAUAAAAUGUAAUCAAUCUACCUCCUAAUUACUGUAUUUACGUGUAUCAAUCGUUAUCAAGUGUUUGUUAACAAGUUUAAGUGUCAUGGAUACCUUGAUGCGAACAUCGUCCAUUCGU